GGGUGAACUGCUUUGAGCAUAAACGGCUCAGUUAAAACUUAAAAGCCAAGCCACCAAGCCAGAGGGAUUGUACCCGUCUAUCGUUUUCGGCCCCUGGUCGCAACUUCGCCGGAGCCAACAGCGAAUAAACUAGGCCACCGUACCACCUCUCUCCAAUUUCCUUAAUAAUCUUCAAAAGCCACCCUAACACCGCCAUUUUCGCCCGCAACCUCCUUAAACCCCUCACAGCUCCCCAUUUCUGUAUUCACCGAUUCGACUCAGCAUAGCUAUCCGAUCCUCGCAGCAAACAGCGCCUAUUGGUAGACCGGCCGAUUGACAGAUUGUUUCCAUAUCGGCUAGUGACUAUGGCGCUAUCGACAGCCGACUUGCCGGCGAUGUACUCGCUCCUAACCGACUCACUGUGCGCCGACCAGAGUGUACGGAAGCCCGCUGAGGCUGCUCUCGCUCAGUGUGAGAGUCGCCCCAGUUUUUGCUCAUGCCUCAUGGAAGUCAUCACAGCGAAGGAUUUGACAGCUCAAGGGGAUGUUCGAUUAAUGGCAUCUGUCUACUUCAAGAACAGCAUCAGCAAGUACUGGAGGAACAAGCGGGGUGACUCAAUGGGAAUAAGCAGUGAAGAGAAGUCUUAUUUAAGGCAAAAACUUUUAGCACACUUGAGAGAAGAGAAUUACCAGGUUGCCCUUACUUUGUCUGUGAUCUUUUCAAAGAUUGCCCGCUUUGACUAUCCGAGAGAAUGGCCAGAUCUUUUUUCCAGUUUGGCACAGCAGCUUCAAUCAGCUGAUACUCUAGCUACACACAGAAUUUUCAUGAUUCUUUUCCGCACUCUGAAGGAGUUGUCUACAAAGCGUCUUGUCUCAGACCAAAGGAACUUUGCAGAGAUAUCAAGACAAUUCUUUGAAUACUGCUGGCAUCUUUGGCAGGCUGAUGUUCAGACUAUACUACAUGGUUUCUCAGCCCUUGCCCAAAACUUUGGUGCAAAUGCUUCUGAACAUAAUCAUGAAGACCUUUACCUUACUUGUCAGAGAUGGUUUUUGUGUUCCAAAAUAGUUCGUCAGUUGAUAAUUUCUGGAUUUCCGAGCGAUGCGAAGACCUUGCAGGAGGUGCGGCAUGUCAAAGAGGUUUCUCCAGUGAUUUUGAAUGCCAUUCAGUCAUUUCUUCCAUUUUAUUCAUCUCUCCAAGAGCAACAUCCCAGAUUCUGGAACUUCGUAAAGCAGGCAUGUCCAAAGUUAAUGAAAAUCUUAGUUGCGGUGCAGCAGCGUCAUCCAUAUUCAUUUGGGGAUAAAUGCGUUCUACAACUUGUUGUGGAUUGUUGUGUUAACAAAAUUGUAGACCCAGACCAACUGAUAUCUUUUGAGCAAUUCCUGAUUCAAUGUAUGAUAAUGUUAAAAACUGUUUUGGAAUGCAAAGAGUACAAGACAACCUUAACAGGACGUGUGGUCGAUGAAAAUAGACUUACAUUUGAGCAGAUGAAAAAAAAUAUGGCUUGUUCUGUUGCUGGGGUCCUUGCAUCUUUUUUUUCUCAUGACAGGGUGAUACUUCUAUGCAAUGUCCUCAUCAGGAGGUACUUUGUUCUCACAGCAAGUGAUUUAGCAGAGUGGUACCAAAAUCCUGAGUUAUUUCAUCAUGAGCAGGAUUCAGUUCUAUGGUCAGAGAAACUUCGUCCAUGUGCUGAAGCACUGUAUAUCAUUUUAUUCGAAACUAAUAGUCAGUUGCUAGGACCUGUUGUGCUGUCUAUACUCCAAGAAGCUAUGCAUGGUUGUCCCGUUUCAGUACAUGAAAUAGCACCACCAUUAUUGCUUAAGGAUGCAGCUUAUGGAGCUGCUGCAUACGUUUAUUAUGAGCUUUCAAAUCAUCUGAGUUUUAAAGACUGGUUUAAUGGUGCACUAUCCUUAGAGCUCACAAAUGACCACCCAAAUAUGCGGAUCAUACACAGAAAAGUUGCAUUAAUCCUUGGGCAAUGGGUUUCCGAAAUAAAAGAUGACACCAGACAAGCUGUGUACUGUGCUCUGAUCAAAUUGCUUCAGGAUGGAGAUUUAUGUGUCAAACUGGCAGCAUGUCGUUCGUUGUAUUUUCAUAUUGAAGAUGCAAACUUCAAUGAGUCUGAGUUUUCAAAUCUUCUUCCCAUUUGUUGGGAUCUAUGCUUCAAAUUGGUAGAGGAAGUUCAAGAAUUUGACUCCAAGGUUCAAGUUUUGAAUACAAUUUCUGCUCUUAUAGCCCACAUUACUGAAGUGUUUCCAUUUGCAAACAAGUUGGUGGUGUUUUUCCGCAAGGCAUGGGAGGAAUCUUCUGGUGAAAGUCUUCUGCAGAUUCAGCUUCUUACUGCACUAAAAAAUUUCGUUCAAGCUCUUGGCUAUCAGUCCCCCAUCUGUUACAACAUACUGCUUCCUAUUUUACGUAGUGUAAUUAAUGUAAAUAGCCCAGAUGAGCUACUUGAAGAUGGCAUGCAGUUAUGGGAAGCCACACUCAUCAAUGCUCCAUCAAUGGUAUCUGAACUACUAGGAUGUUUUCCUUGUCUUAUAGAAAUUCUGGAAAGAAGUUUUGAUCACUUGAAGGUUGCUGCUAAUAUUAUUGAGGACUAUGUUAUUUUGGGUGGAAGGGAGUUUGUGAGUGUGCAUGCUUCCAGCAUCACUAAGUUUCUUGAUCUCGUGGUUGGAAAUGUCAAUGACCGUGGGCUGCUUUCAGUACUUCCUGUGAUUGAUAUUCUAGUUCAGUGUUUUCCAGGGGAAGUGCCGCAACUGAUCAGCAUGAGUCUACAGAAAUUAAUUGUCAUAUGCUUGACGGGAGGAGAUGAUCACGAUCCUUCCAAGACAGCGGUAAAAGCAUCUACAGCAGCUUUGCUAGCACGGAUUUUGGUCAUGAAUACAAAUUGUCUUGCCCAGUUAACAGCUGAGCCUUUCCUGACAGUAAAUCUUCAGAAAGCUGGUUUCCCCACUGAAGAAAACAUACUGCUUUGCCUUGUAGACAUAUGGCUUGAUAAGAUUGAUAAUGUUACAUCUCACCAGAAGAAAACAGUUAGUUUAGCCCUUUCUGUAGUUUUGACUUUAAGGCUGCCUCAAAUUCUGGAUAAACUUGAACCAAUUCUAAGUAUAUGUACUAGUAUAAUACUAGGGGGAGGCGAGGAGGACCUAAAUGAAGAAGAGUCCAGCAGUGAUAACAACAGCUGUAGCAGGCCUAAUUUUCCAAGUAAAGAGUUGAGGAGGAGACAGAUUAAGUUCUCAGAUCCUAUCAAUCAGAUUUCACUAGAGAACUCAGUGAGAGAGAAUCUUCAGACAUGCUCAGCUCUUCACGGGGAAUCUUUCAAUGCUGCCAUUGGUAAAAUGCAUCCGUCACUCCUGGCCCAAGUAAAGCAAGCACUGAAGAUGCCAUAGAUGGUUGUGAUGGGAUUUCUGGUUUAAAAGAUUCAUUUUCUUUCUCAUGAUCCCAUUGGAGGGUGAAGAAGGAUGGCGAAGGUGUCUUCGACCAUCAACCCCCAUACAUUUCUUUUUUGCAUUUGCGGGAGUGGUUGUUGCGGAUAUAUGGUGUCAGUUCUUGGAGAGUAGUUAUUAUGCUUUUGUUCCAUUUCUCCCUCACUGCCUCCUGCAGAGGUGGAGGUUGUUAUACACUUAUGCUGUAAAUAAUGAUCCUUCCAUGUCGUGGUUUUUGAGGCAUAACAAGGAUCGCCAUAUAGAUAUGCCAGCUGAUAAGUGAAAAGUCAAUGUUAUGGUGCUUCAAUUGGAGCGGUUGAUUUUAUGGUUGCUGUGCCUUUUUGUAUUGAGUUGUUCUGAGUCCAGGUGGACGCCUUUUCAUUUGACCAUCAUAUUGAGUAAUGUAAUAUGCAAACAUAUUCAAGUUAUCCAUGUACUUGCAACAUGCCCAUUUGACAUGUGAGUUUUACAUUUUCUCGAUAUAUAUAAUUGAUUUUUUUCAGACAUCUUACGAAAAUCAACC